ACUCUCAUCUAAACGAGAAGACAGUCUAUGUUUAAAGCUUUGAGCCGGCAGAACAAGCGAUUAUUACAUUUUAUUAAUUAAAAAUUAUUCAUUUUUGUUUGUGAUUCACCGAUUUAUUUUUUUUUCAUUCAUAUUUAGUUUUUGUUUUUUUUUUUUUUUACAUUCUUCUUAUCUGUUUAAUUAUUUACUAUUAAGAACUUUUGAAUUUGUUUAGUUAUUAUCGGUUGUGUUUCCUUGAUAAGGAAUAUUUAAGAAUUAUUUUAAGAUUACAUAAUAAUUACAUAAUUAUUAAACUGUUUCAUUCGUGUGUCACAUGAAACUUUUUUAAAUAAACGCGCGUAAGUGUGUAAAUAAUAUUUUUACGAAAGAAAAUAACAACUUGUUUUAUAAAGUGAUCUCUAUUAUAUCGAUAGUGAUUGAAGAAAAAAAAUGGCAUUACUCAAGUUUCUUGUUAUCACUAUUUUAGCCGCCUUUUGUUACCUCACUAUUAUUGAUAGUGCGGCUAUAUCUGAGGAGGUAACUGAAAAAACAGAUCGAGUUGCAAUUGAAAUUAAUCCAGAAGAACUGCAAAUUGAUCACGUCACUGAAAACAAUACGUUUAAAUUGGACAAACAUAUUUGUGAUAAACAACCAUGUGGAUGGGCUAUUUAUGUACCUCUAACACGGCGAGUUAAUUCUUUCAUAACAAAUACGUGCAAAUGUUCAGAUAAAAGUUACAAAUGUAUACGUACAGACGAUGAUCUGUCAGUCGGUGCUUAUGUUUAUCAUUGUCGUCAAAAUACAACAGAAGAAAAUAUCGAAGCCCCGGAAGAAGACUAAUUAUUCAAUAAAUUAUUAUUUAUAAGUUUUACUAUGUUUUAACUGUAGUUAUAAUAACAAAAAACUUUAUAGAAAGUUUAUUAUUUAAGUAAACUCUUAUUGGUAUUAACUAAUUGUAACGUAAUCUUAAUCAAUGUAAGAAUAUUUUUGACAAUUUAAUUUUUUUUUUUUUUUUUUUAAUGGUUUUCUAUUUGAAAUAAUUUAUUUGUCAGUUUAUGAGAUUUCGGAUCGUUUCAAUUCAUACUUUUUUUUUUUUAAUGUUAUUCUUUCAUGAAUCCCAUGUAUUAUUAUUUUUUUUAAUUUAAAUAUAAAUGUGCCAUGAGAUAUAUAAAUUGAAGGAUACCACAAAUUAAAUUUCGAUAAAAUUCAUUGAAAGAAAGAAUAAAAACCAAAUAACAAAUUUAUUAAUUUAUGUAAUUAAAUAGUAUUUUAUGGUAGUAAAUAUAAAUUAUACUAGUAUUUAAACAAUGAGAGUGAUAGUCAUGAUAAUUAGAAACAGAAAAAUAUUAUUUUGUGUAUUUCAUU